AUGAAGGACUCCUCGCUCGUCCUAGGCUUUGGAGCCGUGCUUCUCCUGGUCUACGUUGUUGACAAACUGAUGCAGGCCAAAAGGAAUGCUAAUUUGCUCCCGCUGCCGCCCGGUCCAAGGGGCCUUCCCAUCGUGGGAAACAUAAAGGAUUUUCCACCGCCCGGCGUCUUUGGGCCCCACCACUGGGUCAAAUUCAAGGAUGAAUACGGCCCCCUCAGCUCCAUCACCGUCAUGGGCAGGACGAUCAUCCUGAUCAACGACGUCCAGCUCGCGUUCGACAUCCUGGACAAGCGUUCCACUUACUCCUCGAGAUCACAGCCCUUUCUGGGCGGCGAGUUGUACGUCAUGGCCCUCUUGGUGCCUGCUGAAAUGUUGCGGAGACUGACUGUAGCCAACCUAUUUAGCGUCGGCUGGAAGCAUAACACGGCCUUCCUGCCAGACGGCGACGUUCUGCGCCAUCGCCGCAAGGGCUUCGGCCGGAUCAUCGGCUCCAAUGCCGCUGCCUCGCAGUUCAAUGAACUGCUUGAGGCCGAGGUCGCCCACUUCGUACUGCAUCUUCUCGAGAGCCCUGAGAAGCUGCAAGAUCACAUUAAGAGAUCGGCCGGCACCACAAUCCUCAAGCUCGUCUACGGCUAUAACGCGGAGCAGACCAAGAGGGAUUCGCUCAUCGACACGGUCCAAAAGGUCAUGGACGACCUCGCCGAAUACGCCGCACCCGGCUCGUAUCUAGUUGACACGUUCCCCAUCCUUCGCCACGUACCCGACUGGUUUCCCGGCGCUAGCUGGAAGAAGCUUGCCCGGCAGUGGAAGAAGGAGCUGAUGGAGACCGUCGAGAAGCCGUACGCUUUUGUGCAGCACCAGCGGGCCCAGGGCAGGGAAAUGCCGUGCUAUGUCUCGCGGCUCAUUGAGAACAGCGGGGACUCGCCCGAGGAGGAGCGCAGCAACAAGUGGGCGGCCCAGUCUCUGUAUACUGGCGGUGCCGAUACGACUGUCUCGUCCAUCGGCGCCUUCUUCCUCGCCAUGACGUUGAAUCCCGAGAUCCAGGCCAAGGCGCAGGAGGAGAUCGACCGCGUCGUAGGGCACGACCGGCUGCCGACGCUGGACGAUCGCAAGAACCUGCCGUACGUCGAGGCCGUUGUCAAAGAGAGCCUGCGGUGGCACAGUGUCAUCCCCAUCUGCCUCCCGCACACCAACCCGGAAGAGACAACCUACGGGGGAUUUGGGGUUCCGAAGGAUGCCAUCAUGUUUGCCAACCUCUGGUGGUUCACGCACAACCCUGAUGUAUACCCGGACCCGGACGUCUUCCGCCCCGAGCGGCACAUCCGGACGCCCAAUCGCGAGCCGGAGCUGGACCCGGUGCGCCUUGUCUUCGGCUUUGGGCGACGUGUCUGCGCGGGCAAAAUCCUCGCGCAGAACUCACUGUUCCUCAACUUUGCGCAGGUGCUUGCCGUGUUUCGGAUCAGCAAGAAGGUUGUCGAUGGGGUCGUUAUCGAGCCGAAGGUAGACCACUUGAACGGCGCCCUGAGCCACUUGGGGCCGUUUGAGACUUCCAUUGCGCCCAGGUCUGUACAACACGAAAGGCUGAUCCGUUCGCUUGAAGAGAGGUUUCCGUGGCAAAGGCCAGACAACGAGGUGCUGGAGAGGAUGGGCUGCUAA